AUGGUGCUGGGAUGGGCCAAUUCUUUCAGGCCAUCGGGUGAGCUUGCCCGUGGAUUGCCAUCGCCUACAAUUCUUCCGGUCAGGUGGGAUGAUUCACUCCCACGUCUCCCAGCCAAUAAGGCCGUUGUUCCACUAGAACUGAGUAUACCUCAUAUAGUUUCAUUCUCCCACCUUGCCUUCCUAGACAUCACUGUCCCCUCGAGCUUGGUUGGCCGCAUCAACGAUGAAUUCGGCAUCCGCUUUAAUGGCCAGAAAGCGUACUACGGCAAUUGCCUAACCGCGGAAAUUGUCAGGGCAAAGAGUGGCACGGUGGCACGUGGAGAUAUCAUCGACCUGGUGAACUUGAUCAACUACUCCAAAGAGAAAAUAGGUGACCAGCUGUUCAAGAAUAACACAGGCAGCAGCUGCCGGCGGCAGGAGGAGGAGGAGGCAGCGGCUCUCCAGGUUCCAUAUUCUUCCUGGAGAAAUCUUGGCCUCGACGAAGUUGACUUUGGUAGCGGGAGACCGGCACGGGUUGCGUCCUGUGUAGCAGAGGACCAGCCCAGCAUUCCAGUUUUUGUACUGUUACCUGAAUGCAGAGGGAAGGUCGGGGCCACUAUGUUAUCUGCCACGGUGAAGGAGGAGCAUGCUGAAGCUUUCCAUUGA